AUGGUGAGGUUUUCUGUUGGUGGAUUGGAAGGCGAAGAAGAUAGGGAUUCCAUUAACAGCAAAAGACCCGUCUCAGAGAAUAGCCGAACCUCCACCAAUGGUGGAUAUCAAGACAAAGACGAACAUGGAUCGUACUCAAUUAGAUUCUCCAACAAUAAACCUCGACCCUCUAUAACCUUCACCAAGAAGCCUCGAUUCUCUAUCUCCAGCCCCAGUACUAGCCCCACCACCACCCCCACCGCGGCCGCAUGCGCCACAACCUCUGCUGCUCCUCAACAAAGAUGUAAACUACAUGAAUAUGGACUAUUUGAUAGAAUCAAUAACGAAGAAGAUGAUGAGGGUGAGGGUGAUGAUGAUGAAGAACCUUUGGAGGAAAUGGAAGAAGAAUCGCACGAGUCUUCAGAUAAAGAAGAGAAAACAGAUGGGCAGCUUUCUGUCAUAUUAUCGGACCCUGAUGUGCUUGAUUGCCCCAUUUGUCUUGAACCCCUAACGCUUCCCGUCUUUCAGUGCGAGAAUGGGCAUAUAGCAUGUGCACCAUGCUGCACCAAGAUGUUACACAGAUGUGGAAAUUGCUCUUUGCCAAUCGGUUACAACCGUUGCAGAGCCAUUGAAAAGGUUGUUGAAUCAGUCAAAAUCGCCUGCGAAAAUGAGGGCUACGGCUGCAAACAAUUGAUAAGUUACAGUUAUAAACUUGAUCAUGAGAAAGCAUGCAUUUAUGUUCCUUGUUCAUGUCCUCAUCUUGCCUGCGACUAUGUUGGCUCCUUUGAAGGCUUGUAUACGCACUUUGUGAUAAAUCAUUCAAAUUGCUCACAGCGAUUUCAUUUCAGCCUUACUGUCUCCAUUUCCUUUGACAAAAAUCAGAAACAACUCUUUCUUCAAGAAAAGACUGAAAGGACACUUUUUGUCCUUAAUCGCUCAAUUGAUCGUCUUGGAAGUUUAUUCGAUAUUGUUUGUAUUGGACCAACUUCAGCAAGGAGAAGAUACUCUUAUACUCUUGCAGCAAAAGAUGGUGGAGAGAGCUCAAUCAGAUUAGAGUCAGUUGCAGAUAACAUGCCAAAAUGGAUUGCACACCCUCCUGUGAAAAAAUAUCUACUGGUUCCAAAUGAUUUUGUUGGUUCCAGUGGUAGGCUCCAGUUGGAAGUUAUCAUAUGGAGUCCCAAUGAAUCUCCCGCGGGGAGCUCAUAA